GGUUGACGUGUCUCUCAGGAACAGGAGUAAGUGAGACCAAAACAACAUGGCGCCUCCGGCCCCCGGGCCGGUGUCCGGCGGCUCCGGGGAAGUGGAUGAGCUGUUCGACGUGAAGAACGCCUUUUACAUCGGCAGCUACCAGCAGUGCAUCAAUGAGGCCCAGCGGGUGAAGCUUUCAAGCCCAGAGAGAGAUGUGGAAAGGGACGUUUUCCUGUACAGAGCAUACCUGGCGCAGAGGAAGUACGGCGUGGUCCUAGAUGAGAUCAAGCCCUCCUCAGCCCCUGAGCUCCAGGCUGUUCGAAUGUUUGCAGAGUACCUUGCCAGUGAGAGUCGGAGAGAUGCCGUCGUGGCCGAGCUGGACCGGGAGAUGAGCAAAAGUGUGGAUGUAACCAACACCACCUUCCUGCUCAUGGCCGCCUCGGUCUACCUCCACGACCAGAACCCAGACGCUGCCUUGCGUGCCCUGCACCAGGGGGAUAGCCUAGAGUGUAUGGCCAUGACAGUGCAGAUUCUGCUGAAGCUGGACCGCCUGGACCUCGCCCGGAAGGAGCUGAAGAGAAUGCAGGACCAAGACGAGGAUGCCACACUCACGCAGCUUGCCACUGCCUGGGUCAACCUGGCUGUGGGUGGUGAGAAGCUGCAGGAUGCCUACUACAUCUUUCAGGAGAUGGCUGACAAGUGCUUGCCUACACUGCUGCUGCUUAAUGGACAGGCGGCCUGCCACAUGGCCCAGGGCCGCUGGGAGGCCGCUGAGGGUGUGCUUCAGGAGGCGCUUGACAAGGACAGCGGCCACCCAGAGACGCUGAUCAACCUCAUUGUCCUGUCCCAACACCUGGGCAAGGCCCCUGAGGUGACAAACCGUUACUUGUCCCAGCUGAAGGAUGCCCACAGGUCCCACCCUUUCAUUAAGGAGUACCAGGCCAAGGAGAAUGACUUUGACCGGCUGGUGCUGCAGUACGCUCCCAGUGCCUGAGGCUGACCCCAGGACAGCAAGACCCACCUUCCUGCCCCUCUUGCCUGACAUCCGCCCCUAGCCUUCUCAGGCCUGGUUACUUGCAUGGAAGGCCUCAGUAUCCCUCUCUGUCAAUAAACAUCUUGGCUCCGG